UUGAAAUUGACCCGGAUGUUGAUAAUGAUAAUGGCAUGGCUAUGGUGACCCACAGCACAGCACCAGAGAGGUACUCUGACAAUUCGAGCAGAACUUUCCCCGUUUUAUUUGCUGUUAAAUUCUUAUUCUUCAUAAUUUUCUGAAUAUUUAGAGAGUACAACGUAUCCUUCGUGGUUUGCAAGUUCCAAGAGCUUAAUGUUACAAGAGUAAAUCGCAAAGUUUUGUCGGUAUGGAAACAGACUCGUCCCUCCUCACUUCUGAGUUCUCUCAGAGCAAGGAAGAGGAAUUGUACCAACAGCUGUUAUUGCAGGCAAUGGGGAAAGUGCAGAAUAGUGGAACAGCAGACUCCAAGACCAUCCGUCCUCAGCCCGGGCUCUGUGCCAAGACCUGCACGGUGCCGGACCAGCAGAAAGUCUUCUUGAACAUAUGCCAGUCUACGCAGGUGCCCCCGCCUCCCGCGCUCUCUCACCAGGCCCUCAUGGAGCUGCUGGAUUCCGAUGACCCGUCGGGGUACCGAGUUCCCAUGAGCCUCGGCGAGCCUCACACAGAAACGGACAACAGUAAGCAGGCUUGCACAGUCUAUGACGUGGUGGUCAACAAUGAGUUCUUCCAGAAGUGCCAGACAGAUGAGCUGUUCCAGCAGUUUCUGCUUGCUGUGUCCCUGGAGGGCUUGGAGAACAAGUACAGCAUAACCCUGAGCAGAGAGUGGAAAAUUCUCAAGAACAGGAAGUUCUUGGGGUCUAUAAUGGAGCAGAACAUUCGGACGAAAAGCAAGCCAGUUAUUCAGGAGCUGGACUCCAAGGAGACAAGUUUGGCCCCCGCACCAGUCAAAAGUCCUGACAUGUGUCUGCAAGUGGAGCCAGCCACUGGAGAUCCCCAGUACCUCAUAGCAGAGAUCCACUUGCCUGGUGUGUCGUCUGCGCGGUCCCUAGUGCUGGACCUUGGGGAGGACAGGCUGGUGCUGACCGCGCGACCUUCACUAUACCAUCUGGACUGUUUCUUCCCUCUCCUCAUCGACCAGCAGAGCAGCGUGGCUCAGUACAAUGCCAGCAAACAGAUUUUAACCGUUACCAUGCCAGUGGUGGGCUGAUGUGGAAUUCUGGAAAGUUCAUAUUAAUUUAUUUAUCUCAAUAAAAUAUUCUUUUUUUGUA